AUGAACUCCUUCUACACGGAUGAGCAAACGCUUCAAGAACUUGGUACAAGCAGUGACGUGAAAACGUUCUGUCAGUCGAGAUGUCCGCGGAUCUACGCCGACACGCUCCUUCCUGUCGAAGAGGAUGGUUCCGAGCAAGAAUGGUAUCCUCCAGGACACGGCAACAUAUUUCAGUCUCUUUCAAUGACAGGAGUUCUGGACGAGUUACUUCAACAGGGUCGAGACAUAAUGUUCGUCUCAAAUAUAGACAACACCGGUGCCACGCUCGACUUGAAAAUCGCUCAAUUUGCCUGUGACGAAGCAGCUGAAUACAUAAUGGAGUGCACAGCAGCAAAGACACACAGCAGAUAUCAAAGACAUUUUCAGGGAGGCACGCUCAUAGACAUCGCUGGGCAGCUGAUGCACCUCGAGAUCCCACAAGUGCCACCGGAGCAUCUCGACGAAUUCUGUUCAACGCGCACAUUCAAGAUUUUCAAUACAAACAACAUAUGGGUGAAUCUGCGAGCGGUGAAGCAGCGACUGGACACGAUUUCAAGUGAAAUCAUUGUCAAUAAGAAGACUUUGAACGGUCGAGCAGUGAUACAGCUGGAAACAUCAAUUGGUGGAUGUAUACGAAACUUUCCACGAGCAUUUUGUACGCUAUUUUCCAAUGAGCAAUUACCUGAAAAGUUCAAGAGUGAAAUGAUCAAAAAUUUUCUUCCAGGCGUACACGUAGACAGAUGCAGGUUCCUGCCAGUGAAAAAAGCUGACGACCUCUUGGCGAUCUCUUCCAAUUUGUACACUCUCAACGCCGCACGUGCUCUACAGCUUAACCGGAAUCGUCCUGCACCUACCGUAGAACUUGGCAGCUUUUUCCAGCGUGUGGACGAGUUUCACGCUCGAUUUGAUGAUUACCCUGAUAUGCAAGAACUUGACUCGCUUAAGAUUGAAGGAGACGUCCGAUUCGAAAAGGGCGUCGUUCUCAAGGGAAACGUCAACAUCGUCAAUAGAACGUCUAAGCAACAAGUGAUCUCAUCAGGAACUGUGAUAGAUAACGAGAAGAUAGUAUUUGAAUAA